CAUCAACUCACCGGGACGCUGACGUACGAUGGGCGGUAAGAAGGCCAUCAACCAGCAGGACAAGCUUGCCAAGGCAAACGCGUCAUCGAGUGCACGAGCUGCACAGAGCCUGUUGGGGAAAAGCUCUUCCACGGGAUUUAUUGGAUUUUCUGCGUUUGCUGCGCCAGCUACAUCGAUUCCAGCACGAGCUUCUGCGAGCGCGACGCCAGCUCCCGCGACAUCCAACACGUCGUCGUUUUCGUUCUACGAUGGUCCAGACAUAGAACUCUCCCUUGCACUCAAGAUGUUGGGAAAACGUGACGCGCAGACCAAGACGAAAGCGCUCACGACACUGAGGGACACGCUUGUCCCGGUGCGAAAACCGGCCGACCUCCGACCAGCGAUUGGACAGUAUUGCUAUCUAUAUGGCGCGAAACUCAUGCUUGACAACGAUCGCCGAGUCCGCCAACUCGCCACAGAAGUCCUUGGAGCUCUCAUCGAGCGCCUGACGAAAGGCACGGUAUUCCACAACCACAUGCAACUCUUGCUGCCGCCCUGGUACUUGCUAGCCAUGCACGACAUUCACGCAGACACGGCCAAAGGAGCAAAGCGCGCGUUUGUCGCGUUGCUUCCGACCGAAGAGGCACAGACAGCGGUCCUAGCUGCCCACGCGGACCUUUUGCUCACCAACGUGCAAUCGUAUCUGGCGUUAACAGUCGAGUCGUUGGUCGAUCGUGGACUUUGUACCCCGGAGGAAGCCGACGAAUGCUAUGAGCGCUGCGUGACGUCUGCGUUGCUGGGGGCCCGUACACUGCUGAGCCAGCCAGCUCCACCGUCGUCCAUCUUUCCGACGCACGUGAACGACGACUCGAUCCGACAAUUUCUCACCGGCCUGGCCAAAUUUACGACGCUCACUUCGAAAAAUGCGACGUUUUCGAGGACUAGCAUUCGGCACGCGGCGUACGAGGUGCUGACGGCCGCCACCACGGCUUGUCCAGAUCUUCUCCAAUCGGCCAUCGACCCCAAAGUCGUCCUGGGAGUCGUCGCGGAGAAAUUCCCAGCCAACGUGCCGGCGGCGUGGACGUUGGUGCUGACGUACUUGAACGCGUUCCAACAUGUGGCCUCUGACGAUGCUACGUCCAAUUUUUCAUGGUCGACGAUCCUGCCCAACGUGUUGCCAAAAGUUCUCGCGGCAACCAAGCAUGCCAAUUACGGCGCGACAUCGUCCUUGUCCAACUUGCUCCCGUUUGUGUCGCUCGUGCCCAAGAAUGUUUCGAGCACUUCGUUUUACGUCGACUUGCUCGCUGCGCUGUGGAAGUCGCUCGACAGCCCGCACGUGAUGCAUGGACAGUCGCAGGUCGUGACGGCGUUUGUCGAGUGCUUGUCCGCCAUGUGGACGAUCUUUCCAGAGCAUGCGACGUCGCGGUCGGAUGCCCAGGACAGUGCAUACGUCACGUCGUUCGAGAACGUGAUCACGAUGGCGUGGACGAAGGCGCUGACGACGACUUGUCUCCCAGAUCGAUCGUUCCGCGUGUUUCUGGACCUCAUGACGGCGUUGGUGCCGCGAUUGACAGCAUAUUCAUCCCGUCAAGACGAUGGCGACAAGUGUCACAUUCCAUCGCUCGCUGUUUGCUUACUCCAUCGUGCCUUGCAUGCCGCCCUCCACCGAGGUUUAGCCCAUGACGCGUCGCACAAGCGGAUGCUCGACACGCUGCGGCAACUCGUCAACGUUGCCUCGGCCACCACCACCACAACCGGAGCGUCAUGGACAGAGGAAAACGUCGUGGGGCGUCCGCUUCUGGAAACCAUUCGAUCUUUGGUGCCGAUCGGAGCGGUGUACACGACGGCGUUGCUCGUUUGGCUAGGAAAUCUCCUCGAUCUCCUGGGGUUGUCCACAUUAUUCCCUGACACGAUGGCUGCGCUGGCGACUUUCCAGCAGUUCGUCGCGCCGUCGUUUUCGUCCAUUGGCCAAGACAAAGCGCCGUAUUUCCGUGUGUGGAAGCACUUUGCUCCGUUUGCGCCAAGUGUGUUGUGGACUCAAUUGCUUGUCCAGUGGGAAUACCGCACGGACGUCGUGGCUUGGAAAAACGAAGCAUUGCCGCAGGCGCCGCCGUCGCUCCUGUCACAGUGGCACGUGUUUGCCCAGACUGAGCCUUCGUGUCGUCAGCCGGACGACUCGUUGUCGUUGUUUGCGACCAUUUGGAACAGCCACUGGUUUGACACACGCGUGAUGGUUGUGCUGUUGGAGUCGUCUCCAGCGACGCCUACAUGGGCCGACGACGAGCUGGGCUUUUUCACGGCGUGCUGGGGCAACCUGCAACCUCUCGUGUCGCCCGCAACACUUCGGCAAGUGCUCACGUGGUGUCGCCAACAUCGAGCAACUCCGAAAGCGUGGUCGUUGCUCGAAUCGUUGCUGCCAUUGCUUGUGGCGAUAGACUCCAACGACAUCUGGCUUGACGUGAUCGAGCUCGUCGACACGGUCGUGGCGCAUCUCGCGCUUCAUUCGCACGCUAUGGCAGUGUGGAAAUCGACGAUUCGGACGUCGUUUGUAUCGCAGUGGUCGAUCACGUACCAAACCAUGCUCCUGGACAAUUGGGUUGACCAUCUCCACCGCUUGUACUCGUCCGACACGUCAUCGGCGACUCCGUCCUGCAGUGCAGCACAAUGGGCGGUGCUGUGCGCAGAAUUUGUCACGUUAGACAACGCCCUGUCCACACCGUACUGGGAAAAGUUGCCGUUGACGGACUCUGCCACGUCCCCGCCGUCGUAUCGGUUGCUGGAAUGCGUGGCAGAGCUGUGCCACUGGAACCACGCGUCGCUCCUCCACGACGCAAACGGAUACCUUCCAACGCGGUCGCCGGACCAAGUGUACAGAUGGCUUUUUGUCGACGUGGCGUUUGCAUUGACGUGGUACACCGUCGAUAUCGACCCGACUGUCCUCAGCGAACACGUCGGCACGUGGAUCGAGCCGUACUUGAUGCUGACUGAGCUCCUCGAAGCGUUGGGCGAUCGGCCUCUGCUUGUCCAGACGUUGCUCCAUGUGGCCUCAUCCCUCGACGACGACGAAACAGGAUGGUUUGACACAAUUCUGUUGUCCCACUUGGACCAGGCUCCGAGCGCCUCGACGCGGCAACGGGAUGGUCCAGGGGUUCCUCGACAACUGAAGCUGUGGAUGUUUGAAAUCGGGCUCGACUACCUCUCGACUGACUUGCUUCUAGCGUCGGUCCAAGACCUGACGGACAACAUCCCGGCCGCGUUUGUGCACGUUGCGCUGCCUCGAGUGGUACAAUCCGUCCUGGACAUUUCCCAUGGCGACGACGCCAGAACGGAGGCCCACACAGCGGCCAUGGCAUCUGCCGUGCAGGCAUUGACCCAAUUGAGAUUGACAUCGGUGCUUUCAUGGACGGCCGACCCGACGGCUUCACUGGAUGCGUUGACCCAGAUCGCGCACCUCCUGCCGUUCAUGCACUCGUUUCACACGGCAUCGGUCCCCGUCGACGACGACGACGUGGUCGCUCUUGUUGGACGUCGGCUGAAAGCCCCAUCGUCGAGGAUUCCCGUGACCGAAUGGCUCGUUCUGGCAUCAUUUGUCUUGGCGAGUCUACAACUGGCGCCGUCCCCACCACCGCCGAAUCUGGUUGGUGUGGCAGGGCAGCUUGUUCUCCAUGCCUUCUCCGCCAAGCAAGACGUGUCCGAGCUCGUGACUGCCAAACUCCACGGGACUUCCGUCGACUCGAUUCGUGCGUUGCGCCAUGUCCACCCUCAGUUCUUGGCGUGUCGGCGGAUGCUUCUGCGCCUGGUCCAAGCGCUGGUUCGACACGGCCACAAUCACUCGAGCAUCGAGCUGGCACGGCACCAUCGGGACGCGCUGGCGAUGGUCGGUCUCCGCACAAUUGUCGACUGUUUGCAGCUGAAACCCCAAUUUCACGUUGCGUUUGCCACCGCCCCACCGUCGGAGAGCGCCGAGACUGGUGCCGCGUUGGGUAUGUGGUCCUUGGUGCAACACACCUACGACGUCGAACAAGCGCUGACUGCGGGUCUCCUUGGUCUCCACGACUUGCUUCGGUUUGUCGAGCUGGACCACACCGACGUCGCGCGCGUCAUCUUGCAAGUGUCGCAAGGCCGAGACCUGUUGUGGCACGCCCUUAGCGAGACGAUCACGCAUCCGACACUACAAGCAGCACUGUACCAAGUUCUUCGUCUCACGAAUCUGGCAGUAGACCUACCUAAUGUCCAAGACGUGGUGGACGUCGACGGCGAAGACGAGGCGGCGACCGACGUGGCCCUGGCGGACCUCGUCAUAACUCCAGGCCUGCGCCAGGCGCUGGCAAAGCUGCACGUCGAUUCCGACGACGGCGCGCCGUCCAAGGCAAAGUCGACCGGGUCGCCUCCCCUCGGCCGCCUCUUGGUCUGGGAUCUGUUUCUCCGCAUGUUUCCCGACUCGUCGAGUCCGCUCGUGACGUCCGCUCUCGGCGCGUACGUGGCAAAGCAGAAGCUGCUCCACUCGGUCUUGACUCUGUGCGGGUCGUUUAUUCAAACGACCAAGGUCCAACUCACGUCCGUAGAAGCCGUCGACGCGGCAUUCCCGACCUUGGCGACGCUGGGCCAACACAAAUUCACCGACACGUUUGUCGACGCUUUGGCCGGCGCCGUGUUUUACAAAACAGUGGUCAAGCUCCCAACCAUGGUGCGGCUGUGGUGGAACGACGAUUGUUCCCGUAGUGCGCGCAGCUGGAUCUCCAAGUUUUGCGAAGAUACUGUGUCGCCGCUUAUUCUGUUGGACGAAAUCCGAGCGAUCCAUGCUGCGGAGAGCAAAGCAUUGUGGGACCCAGACGAGAUGACGGUGCGUGGCAGCAAAGUGUCCCGCGAGAUCACAACGACGUACUUGAAAGACGAGUGCACGUUGGAGAUGGUGAUUCGCGUGCCGGCGUCGUACCCCCUGCGCAGCGUCGAGGUCGAGUGCACGAAGCGCAUUGGGAUUUCCGAGGAACGGUGGCGCCGGUGGGUCCUCCAGAUUCUCAAGGUCACCACAUCGCAGGACGGAUCCCUCCUGGACGCCGUGCUAUUGUGGAAGUCCAACGUGGACAAAGAGUUCGACGGCGUCGAGCCGUGCCCGAUCUGUUUCUCGAUCUUGAAUCCCAAAACGAUGGGCCUCCCAAACCUCCAAUGCCGAACGUGCUCCAACAAGUACCACAACUCGUGCUUGUAUAAAUGGUUCAACCAGUCCAGCAAGAACAAGUGCCCGAUCUGCCAGCAGCCGUUCUGUUAAGUCGAGCACGGGGGGGAUGCUGACGCCCGACUGGCGUCCGCCGCGCAUCCUAAACUGUGGUGUAAUAUGCUGACAUGGUCCAGCAGAUCCUGGAAAUGUCGUGAUUGUUUGUGGACUGGAACGACCGG